UCCAGACAUGGAGAGGGCGCAGUUCCGCGCCAUCCUCCGUAUCGUUGACACGUCCUAUGAAAAGAGUGCGGGAGCCAGUUGGUAUACUAUCGCUCGAUUCCUCGUUCAGUCUCUGUGCGUUAAUCCUCGCGUUCGUAAAACAGUUCUUUCGCUCGUAACGCCGAGGCCGUUGUUCACUAUUCGUGCUUCGCCGAACACCGCCGCGUUUUCCUUUUGAUUCGAAGAUCGCGCGUGCUUCGGAGUGCGCGUGACGCGCGACCGUACGGGCGGUCGCUGACUUUGAAAACGACUUCGGUUCACGGUAUACAGUCCGCGGAAUAAAAAAAAAUACUGUGCUACGCCCGCGUCGAUCGAUCGCGGUUCUUGUCGAUCUCCGUACAAUUUUCUCUUUGUGCCGUGUCAUACGCGUACGCAGUUCGCGAACUGUAUCGUUUUUGGUGAGUUCGAUUGGUGAGUUUCGUGAGAACGGUGACAUUCUUUGUUUGGAAGCGGUGAACAUUUCACGUGGAACUAUGUCGUCGGCGAGCAACUACGUGUUCACCGCGGUUCUCCUGCUCGCGACAGCGAGCGCGAUCGCCGGGAUCCAAACCAUGGACGUGAAGAUUCGUGACGACUCCGAUUUGUCUCAGUUUUAUCAAUUGCUGGAAGCCAGUCCGGUGGCGAAUAGCACGCUCGCGCAUCGUCAUGUGACGGUGUUCGCGCCCACGAAUCGGGCCUUCCAAAAGUACAACGGCACUACGAAGAACUUGAUUCUCUACCAUAUGUCGAACUUUCCGAGAACAAUCGAGAAUCUUGGGGACUCAGUCUCUUCGGAAUUGGACGGUAAUCCACCACUUUGGGUGAGCAGGAGGCCGAGCACGCAUGGCGAGGAGGUUUACAUAAAUAACGCGAAGAUCCUGACAGAGCGGAGCAACUUUCAGUCAAAGGUUAUCGUCGACGGUGACGUGAAAACUCAGGUUCUGCAUAUAAUUAAUGAGGUGCUGGAGCCAGUACGCUCGAAAUCCGCAGAAAUGCCAAUCUACAAUCCGAACGCCUUUGAUUUCCUGAAUCAAAGCGAGAACCUAGACUUGGGCAUUCAUCGUGUUCGCACUUUCCGGCAGCGGAUCGUGAAGGAAAAGAAGGAAGAUGUCUUCAGGGCGGACGGACGUUACACCUUUUUCAUUCCUGUUGAGGAGGGUUUCCAGCCAUCACCGAGGCCGGAAAAGGUUGAUCGCGUGGUAAUUGAUGGCCACGUGAUACCUAAUCACGUCCUCUUUACGACACCGACACCUGAUAACGUUCCCUAUAAAACUCUUACGUUUACUGAUAACUUUAAGGUGACCAUCAGCUUUCAGAAGGAGAAUGACAAAGUUUACGUCAAAUCAGAAACCCUAGUCGGCGACGCGAUGCAUCAUCCGCUGGGAGUCGUAAUGGCAGAAAUAAUUAAACCGAACAUCCCGGUGCGCAACGGCGUAGUCCACUUGAUUCAACGACCUCUUAUGGUCGUCGAUACCACUGUGAAGGACUUCCUCGAGUCCUUCAAGGGCAUCGAGAAGAAGGACGGCCCGGUGUACAAAUUCUACGAGAUGAUCCGUGAUUACGGGGACGAGAUCAUGAACACCAUAAGCCAUCUGCGUGACGUAACGUUGUUCGCACCGAGCAACGCCGCGCUCGAGGAACCGGGCGUGCAGAAGAUUUUACAGGACAAGGAACGCGUGAAGGAGAUUCUGAACCUGCACUACGUCAAGGAACGGCUACCCCUCGACAACAUCAAGAACAAGAGCGUCAACCAGAAAUCCUCGAAGCCACAUUAUUCGGUGUCCACUGCAGUGGACAGGAAGAAGCUGUACUUCAACGUGGUUCAGGAGCCAAGCGGAAACCAGGUAGUGACCGUCGAGGGUGGCGGCGUAAAUGCAACCGUGAUUACCGGAAAUAUCGCCGCUACCAACGGACUGAUCCACAUCAUCGACAGAGUCUUCGGCGUUCCGUAUACAACCGUGUUGGAUAAACUUCGAACCGACCCCAUGCUCAACUCCACCUAUUUCCUCGGACAACGACAUUCAUUCAACGAUCAAUUAAACGACACGACGAAGCGUUUUACUUACUUCGCGCCACGCGACUAUGCCUGGAACGCAGCAGCCAUCAGUUAUCCGUCUACCUCGAAGAAAAUAUUCAUGCCUGAAUUCAGCUAUCACACGAAACAAAUUUUGGAACGACAUUUGGUGAUAGCGGACGAGGCAUACACGAUGGCCAAAUUGAAGGAAAUGAAGCACAAUGAAACGAUCGUCCUCCCCGCAGCCAGAGACAGCUUGAAGCUUCGCGUUCGGGAACAGAGCGAAAAUGACGUUACGUACGACGAAAACGCGAUCCAUCCAGAAACUUUCGGUUACCAGAUCGAGUGGGAGGGCAACUGGAUCCGGGUGUUCCGUCCUGAUGUCGAGUGCACCAACGGGAUCAUCCACGUGAUCGACACAGUACUGUUGAAGGACAGCGACGUCAGGGUGACCGGGACCGCGUCGGUCACCAGCCUGGCACCGCAUUUAAUCAUGAUCCUGGUGGCUAAGUGGUUGCUUUAAGGACGCACCGCUACGAGUCUGUCAAAUAUAGAUGCACCUAGGAAUUUGUCUCGCGACCGUCUCCGAUCGUCCUCGUCCAGAAAAACGCAGUAAGCGAGAUCCGGAUCUCGAAUUUGAACGUAAGUCACGGGCAUCUCGGACUGCCAUUUAAGUCGGGUUCAAAACCCUAAUGAGUCUGACGUCUUUACGAGAUUCGAGGAGAUCUGCGAUCUUCGCGAGCUGACGCUGCGUAAAACUGUGUUCGAGGGUUUUGCUUUCGUCUACCUUUCAAUGAAAAAAUAAAGCCCCUCUCAAAUGUGUUCCCCAUGUGAAAAGAUCGAGAGGUACAAUCGACGAGGAUCGGGGACGAUCCGGAAUGAAGAGAUGACUGCAGGUCCAGGGCUCUUGGCCUGAUCUCCUCAAACUGAUCAGGCAAAGGUCCGUUCGACCGACGACUUACGUGGUUGAAGCUUAAACGGGAAACGUACUAAUUUAGCAAUUUCAAAAUCGAAUUAUCGCCGUAGGUAACGGUUCGAAGGAGCAGGUGUUGUUUACAUUACGAGAGAGAUUUUCGUGAUUUGAAGUUUUGUCGUGUAUCGAUAGAAACUAUCAGAGAACUCGAGUUGGAGGAAAAGGAAACUCGAUGAUCUCGCCUUCGAGAAUAAAAAAAUUUAGCGGCGAGGGACAGUUUUUCUUUUUUGCCGAUAACUAGAUCACUGAUCGUACCAAAUGAUUAAUUAUUAACCGUACCAACUGAUAAGUAAUUUAGAGACACUGCGAACGGGAAGAACGAACGGUGCGAUGGAUAGAGCAGAGAUUGCCAGGAAUCUUCUUGAAGUACAAGGGCAACGAGGGUCGGCGUUUUCUAGAGUAGCCUGUGUACGUACUACGUGUAUAUUAAAUUUCUCGUUACGCUGAUAGAGAGAAAA